UCUGGCUGGAACUGGUCGGCUCCCGCGCUCCGCGGACAUAAAAGGAGGGUUUCAGCCGUUGUGAAAACAUUUCUCUGAGUCGAGACUUACGAGAGCAUCUGAAAAUGAGUGGUCGAGGAAAAACCGGAGGAAAAGCCAGAGCUAAGGCAAAGACCCGCUCCUCCCGUGCCGGGCUUCAGUUCCCAGUCGGCCGUGUUCACAGGCUGCUCCGCAAAGGGAACUACGCUCAGCGUGUGGGUGCCGGCGCCCCCGUCUACCUGGCGGCUGUACUAGAGUACCUGACCGCUGAGAUCCUGGAACUGGCUGGAAACGCUGCCCGUGACAACAAGAAGACCCGUAUCAUCCCCCGUCACCUGCAGCUGGCUGUCCGCAACGACGAGGAGCUCAACAAGCUGCUGGGCGGAGUGACCAUCGCUCAGGGCGGCGUGCUGCCCAACAUCCAGGCCGUCCUGCUGCCCAAGAAGACCGAGAAGCCCGCCAAGAAGUAAAACUGGAGACUCGCUGACUGCUGGAACCCAGACACAAAAAGGCUCUUUUAAGAGCCACACACUCUCCUGAUAAAGAGAUGUUUCUCAUGUGUCGCUGAAAGAAAAAUAUGUGCUAUUGUUUUAAAACCAUACAGAGGAGAAAC